UGGAGCCCGAACGUGCCCGAUGGCCCUUUAAGGCUUUAAGCUGCGGGGGUUUCCAUCCUCGCCAUCACUCCCGGCCCCUCCCCCUCCCCCUGCGCGCUCGUGGCUGAAGCGACGAUGACUGACAGGUUUGGGAAGGCGGAAUCGGGUGCGCAGCUUCUUGCACGACUUGAAGGCAGAGAUUCACUGAAAGAUCUUGAACCUUGUCUGUUUGCUGAAGAAGGAUAUCCCAUUCAUGGAGAUGUUGUUGAGUUCCAUGGCCCAGAGGGAACAGGAAAAACAGAAAUGCUCUAUCAUCUUAUUGCCCAUUGCAUUCUUCCAAAAUCAGGAGGCGGUUUGGAAGUUGGUUUGCUGUUUAUUGAUACUGACUUUCAUUUUGACAUGCUGCGUUUAGUGACUAUCCUGGAACACAGAUCAUCCCAAGGCACAGAAGAGAUGAUAAAGCAGUGUCUGGGGAGGCUUUUUCUUGUUAAUUGCAACAGCAGCUCUCAGCUGCUUCUUACCCUUUAUUCUCUGGAAAACAUGUUUUGCUCUCACCCUUCCCUCUGCCUUCUGGUUAUUGACAGUAUAUCAGCUUUUUAUUGGAUUGAUAGAGUCAAUGGAGGAGAGAAUCUUAGCCUACAGGAAGCAAACUUAAGGAGAUGUGCUCAGUUCCUUGAGAAGCUUGUCAGGGAGCACCAUUUAGUUUUGUUUGCAACAACUCAGACAAUCAUGCAGAAAUCAUUGAAUGCUGGUGAAAGCUGUGGAAAACACCACGGUGAUGGAGAUGUGGACUAUCGGCCUUACCUCUGUAAGUCAUGGCAACAGCUGAUAACCCAUCGAAUCUUUUUUUCCAGACAGAGCCAUCCAGGCAACACCAAAGGAUUUUCUAUUACUUCUUGUCACAUACGAAAUAACACCGUGAUAAAACGCUCGUUUAGCAUUAUGGAAGGUGGAAUACAGUUUUAACAGUGGACUAUUUUUAAAGGGGACAGUGUUGACACUGCAGUCAAACAAGUUUAAACAUUAUAUGCUGUUUUUAAAUAUAUAUGUAUAUAACUUUUACAUUUUGGUACAAAUGUUAUUUUAAAAGCCACAAGAUUAUCUUUUUUUUGCUUGUGCAAAAAUUCAAAUUGACAGUAGUGAAGUGUUGAAGCUUAAUGGGGAAAAAUCAGCUAGCCAUCAAAUCUAAUAAAAAUUAUUUGCUUUUAAUACCCAUCUUACAGCAGUAGAAGCUGUUUAAUGACUGAAUACUGUACAAUUAGGUUUGAGUCCGUCUGUUGUAUAAGAUUAUGUUAGCACAUUUAGGUGGUGCUAGGCACAACAAACACUUGAACAUGGCAGGAAAAAAGUGCACUGUAUUCUCCCUAUUCUUUUAAAUAGCUUCUUUUCAGUCUACCUUCUCAGGUUCCAGCCCAGUAUCAAUUUACCUUUUUGAAUUCAAUGGGUGUUCCUUCUGUAUAUAAGUUUGUAAGAUUUCACUGUCAUCUGGGAUAGUCCUAGGGUUACACUGGAGUUCACUCUCUAGACUAGUCUUUGGUUUUUGUUGGAGUUCUAAAUAUCGAAAGCCGUGCAAGAACAAAACAAAUAAAAUUCUUGUGAGAA